AACAAAGUGACACUCCUCCAUUCCAUUGCUUAGACUCUUUUGACCAAUAAAUCUAAAUUUGGGGACAAUGCAUUCCUGGCUCCCCGGUCAGCUCGGGGGGUCGGGAAGGGAUCGGGAAUGAUGUGGGACCAAUAAACCUAUGCAGAUGCCGCGAGCCCCCUCCUCCCCCUCCAGGGCUCCGAACCUAUCAUCGGAAUUGGCCGAGUCUGGCAGGGAGGGGGCGGGAAGUCCUCCGCCCUUCUUAGGAGGGGCUGCAUUGCAGGGGGAGACCGCUCUGGCAGGCUCAGUCUGGGAAGAAGACGAGGGUGGAGACAAAGCCGUCAGAGCCCCAACAGCUUCCUUUUUCUCCAGCCCAGAGCAGACCCCGAGACCCCGCAGUACUCCCGUCGUCUUUGGAACACGCUAGUAAUUCACUGAUAACAGGAAGCUAUGAGGGACCCUGUGAGCAGCCAGUACAGCUCCUUUCUUUUCUGGAGGAUGCCCAUUCCGGAACUGGAUCUGUCUGAGCUGGAAGGCCUGGGUCUGUCAGAUACACCUACCUACAAGAUCAAGGGCAGCAGCGCUAGCAAAAUGACCGGGCAAGCAACUGGAGCAGAGCAGAAGAACCCUGAAGGUGAUAUCCUCCUUGAGUACAGCACCUUCAACUUCUGGAGAGCUCCCAUUGCCCGUAUCCACGCCUUUGAACUGGACUUGCUCUAAGGCCAAGACUUGUCUCCGGCCACCUUGUCCUCGUUGUUUUCCCUUUCCAGCUCCUCCCUUCCAUCCCUUUACCAUUUUAAUCUUGUUCUCUUCCCUCUGUUGUGUUGGUGGUGCUGUUGAAUCUGCUCGCUGUUGUAUUUAUUUAUCUAUUUAUUCAUCUCUUUAUUUAUCUACUCCAUUCCUCAAAAGCCCUCAAGCCAAAAAAAAAAGCCCUCAAGCCACAAAAUAGGGCUCAAGCAAUGGAGUAUUGGGUCACAGGGGCUCCACUGCACUCCCACCCUGGGAUUAUCAACUUCAGAAAGUAGUCCUAUGGGGGCACCAAGGAGUGGUAAAUAGUGCAAAAUGGAAAGCUGACUUUUUAAAUUCCAUUUUAAUCAGCUUCAAAGAUUCCUCAAACCUUCCUAAUUUUCUGCUCCAGGCCAGUAAACAUAAGUAUUUCUUAAAGGGUUGACAAAAAUCUUGCAGGUUUUAAUUUGAGAUGACCUGCUAUAAAACAAGAUUUCUAAAAGGCUAAGACUCUUGCUUUUUAAACCCUACUCCUUCUUGUAAUACAUUCUUUCCCCCCAGAGAAAUUAGGGUACUUAAAGGUGUAAAACAAGAGGAAACAAAACCUCAUGGAACAUGAAAAUAGGGGAAAGUACUAAAUCAUUUCAGAAAUGGCUAGGCUUUUUCUUUUUCAGAAGAGUAUCUUUAGCCUAUUCACUUUACAACUUUGCUCCUAAAUGGGUUGAAAACUUGCUGAGAAAAAUCACAUUUCAAAUCUUAAGAAAUCUUGCUGACUGGUAGGAUAAUUUGUAAGGUUUUGAUUAAGUCUUCUAAAGGGGAUAAGGUUUGGGCCUUAGUAUUUAAUCUUGCCCUCUUGCAUUUGGAAUACAUAAUACUGAUCAGUGGACCUCAGGGCCAGUUCUUUAGCUACUUUAAGACUAUGAAAUGAACAAUUAAUUACCUUUGACCUUACACCUUGUCCCCACUUCUUCCAAAAUUAUUGCUAAUUUGUGCUGCCAUUUACUUGUUUAUUUAAUAAAUACUCAAUCCCAGGA